UUAAGAAUUCGGGUCGCCGCUUCAUAGGUUUUCCAGUCGAUAUACGUCCAGAUCUCUAAAACAAGAUUUUGAAGUCUGCGUGGACAUUGACGGAAAUACUAAAUGUGACCCGUUCUGCCUUCACAUCAUACGGAAAAGCGGGAAUGUUCUUGUACAGCCGUAUAAAGCCUGGGGUUUUUUUUGAAAAGGCCGGUUAAACUCUCCAGAGCUGCCAGCCAAUCGGAAGUGAGUAUUUUUCGCGCUGGUUGAGAGUAUAGAUCGCCGCGAGCCUUGAUUCGAGUUGUGCGUAAACCUUGCUUUCCGAAGACGUUCAUAAAGAUGCUCCUAACAGCAGAUUGAGCCUGGACGCGAGGGUCUUGGAUGGGAUGGAUGGCAAAGGCCGCUCGCUGCCUUUGAUGGCUGAGCCGCCGAAUCCGGUCAGUAUGAAGCAGGCACCGGAGACGCUGGGCGGCCGCAAAGGCCGCGCGGACAUGAACGGUGACCCUGCGCUGCUGAUGGACCAGGCGGCUGCUCAGCUCGCCGUCACCCUACAGGACGGCGUCCUCCAGAACAUGUCUGGGCACAGUCACACGCACGAGCGGCUGAAGGAUUUGACCUCGCGCGUUCUCAAUGGCAAGCAGGAAAAGCUGACCAAGUUGUGUGCCGCCGAGCCCACCAUCCUGAAAGUGGUGGAGGCCCCACCGCAGCACCCCAGUCCCCAGGGCAAAGGGGCCUCGGACAUCCAGAUCCACAUCACCAAGAUGGUGGCCAAGAGCGAGCCGCUCUUCGUGUCCUGUUUUGGCGAAGACGGCGAUCCACCCGCCCAAGCCGCACCCCCCAAUGGGGUUCCAUCCCUCCCCACCAAAGGGAAGCCAGGAAAGAGGAGAAAAGGAAAGAAGGUUCUGGUUCCUAGAGCUAACCCUCAGUUAGCUUCUCCCAUGGUUCCUUUGGAGACACCGAAGGAAGUGGAGGCUAAGGAUGGUACUGAAAUGGCAAAUGAUUCAAUGAGCGGAACACCAGGCAAGGUAUGUGAGCGGCGGGAGGUGCAUUUCUUUGUGGGAGAUGUGGUGUGGACAAAGGUAUCUGGAUACCCGUGGUGGCCCUGCAUGGUGACCACAGACCCGGUACUCAACCACCAUGUUAAGCAGAAGGCGACUAACAGCCGCAGAGGUCUGCUCUACCACGUGCAGUACUUUGGCGACACGCCAGAGCGGGGCUAUAUCUUCGAGAGGAGCAUGGUGACGUUUGGAGGCAAAGAGCAGUACCAGGAGCUGUGCCACAGCAGGACCAAGCAGUCGGCUACCCGGGUCAACCCUAAAAAGACACACCACUCCGUGCCCCUGAAGCUGAGGGCCCAGUGGAGUAUGGGAGUCUCACAGGCCACAGAGGCCAUUGGCAUGGCACUAGAGGAACGUAUAGCCAGCUUCACCUUUACCUACACUGGUGGGCAACCACAGCUUAACCCCCAUGUACUAAGAGACCUGCCCGCCACCCCCUGCAACGCCGCUCCGGCAAGGCAGCGACAGCAGGCUGUAUCUGCCCCCCAUGCGCCCAGCCAAGGAAAACGGCGUGCCCAGGUUUUGCCAGCAUCUUCUGAAGGUUCCAAAUUACUUGAACAAAAGCAGAGAAAUGGGCCCAGGUUCCGGGAGAGUGGCAGACCUGUACAGAAGAGAGCCCAGCUGGCUGCUGUUCCUGCCGCUGAAGGCGGCCUGCCGCCUCCGACUGAGCUCCCAGCUUCACCAGCUAAGAAAGAUGGUCGCUCCAGGAUCUGUCCCACUCCAGAGAAGAGGGGGACAAAGUCCCAUUUGAAAGGGACCAAGGGCUCUGCAGAAACGAAGAACCCCAGAAAGAGGACGCUGAGCCGGGCCGGGGAGAAGGCCGAGCAGCCCCGCAAACGGGCCAAGCUGGAUGGCCGCGUGUGGAAACGGAAGGGGGAACCCAGUCCCACAGUGAAGAAAAAGUUAGAAGUAAAGGCCACCAGUGUGAAGAAGAGGAGCCCGCGAGGCGCUGAGGCCGAUAUCUGUGCAACCCAGGAAAAACCCAAGCCUGCAAAAAAACGUCGACGGCAGCUAAAGGCGCAGUCAGCUGCAACACCACCCAGGAAGAAGUGCCUUCAACAUUCUCCUGAGCCAGAGGAGUCUUUGUGUGAGGAGCAGCCCGACUCCCCAGCUGCGAGCACCGACGACCUGCACGCUGCCAAAAGAGGGGAGCGAAAUGCCAAGAAGGAGUAUGUCUGCCAGGUCUGCGAGGGGGUUGGUGAGGAGCUGCUUCUGUGUGAAGGCCAGUGCUGUGGAGCUUUCCACUCGCGUUGUCUGGAUGCCCCCUCGCGGCCCCAGGCCAAAGUUCUCUGUCAGACAUGCCGCUCAGGCAUCCAGCAGUGCUUCUCCUGUAAGGGUACUGACGGCAGCAUCCAGCGCUGCGUGGUACAGCAGUGCGGCCGCUUCUACCACGAGGCCUGCGCCCGCCUGAACGCCCUCUCCGUCUUUAAGAACAAGGGCUUCCGCUGUCCCCUGCACGUCUGUCUCAGCUGCCACUUCAACAGCCGCUCCAAGGCCACCAAAGGUAAGAUGCUGCGCUGUGUGCGAUGUCCGGUCGCCUACCACGCCGGGGACCUCUGCAUGGCCGCAGGCAGUCGAGUGUUGUCUGCCAACGCCAUAAUCUGCACGAAUCACUUCAGCGCUAAGAAGGGCUACAGCCACCACUCUCACGUCAACGUCAGCUGGUGCUUCAUCUGCUCUAAAGGGGGCAGUCUGCUGUGCUGUGAAUCGUGCCCUGCGGCCUUCCACGCAGAUUGCCUCAAUAUUUCUAUGCCCGAUGGCACUUGGUACUGUAAUGACUGUAGGGCUGGCAAGAAGCCCAGAUACAAAGACAUCAUCUGGGUCAAGCUGGGAAACUACAGGUGGUGGCCUGCGGAAAUCCGUCACCCCCGCAGUGUUCCUACCAACAUCCAGAAGCUGCGGCACGAGAUCGGCGAGUUCCCCGUCUUCUUCUUCGGCUCUAAGGAUUACUUCUGGACCCACCAGGCUCGGGUGUUUCCUUAUAUGGAGGGCGAUCGUGGAAGCAAGUACCAGGGGAAUGGCAUCGGCAAGGUCUUUAAGAACGCCCUGAUGGACGCCGAGGCACGCUUUGUCGAGAUCAAGAGGGAACGGGAGGCCAAGGAGGCACAGGAAAAUGACAAAAAGCCCCCACCCUACAAGUACAUCAAGGUGAACAAACCCUGCGGCAGGGUACAGAUCUACACGGCAGACGUCUCGGAGAUCCCGAAGUGCAACUGCAAGCCCAGCGACGAGAAGCCGUGCGGCUUUGAGUCGGAGUGUCUGAACCGCAUGCUGCUGUAUGAGUGCCACCCACAGGUAUGCCCAGCUGGUGCCCGCUGCCACAACCAGGCCUUCACCAAGCGCCAGUACCCUGACACCAAAGUCAUCAAGACGGCUGGCAAGGGCUGGGGUCUGUUGGCCCUCAGGGACAUCAAGAAGGGAGAAUUUGUUAAUGAGUACGUAGGCGAGCUCAUUGAUGAAGAGGAGUGCCGAGCUAGGAUCCGAUACGCCCAGGAAAAUGACAUCACCCACUUCUACAUGCUGACCAUAGAUAAGGACCGUAUCAUUGACGCUGGGCCCAAAGGGAACUACUCGCGCUUUAUGAAUCACAGCUGCCAGCCCAACUGUGAAACACAGAAGUGGACAGUCAAUGGAGAUACACGAGUAGGCCUGUUCGCUAUCUGUGACAUCCCUGCAGGCACUGAACUGACCUUUAACUACAACUUGGACUGUCUGGGCAAUGAGAAGACGGUGUGUCGCUGUGGUGCCCCCAACUGCAGCGGUUUCCUAGGAGACAGGCCAAAGAAUUCCAAUGGUCUGACCUCUGAGGUCAAAGGAAAGAAGCCCAAGAAAAAGGUGAAGAAGCGUCGGGCGCGUUCCGAGGGGAAGAAGCAGUCUGAGGAUGAGUGUUUCCGCUGUGGCGAUGGUGGCCAGCUGGUGCUGUGUGACAAAAAGAGCUGCACCAAGGCCUACCACCUGUCCUGCCUGGACCGCACAAAGCGACCCUUCGGUCGGUGGGACUGUCCUUGGCAUCACUGUGACGUCUGUGGGAAGAACUCUGAGGCCUUCUGCCAGCUAUGCCCCAAUUCCUUCUGCAAGGACCACCAGGAGGGGGCGCUACGCCUGUGGGCGCCUACAGGACAGUGGUGCUGCCAGGAGCACGACGAGCUGGAGCUGCGACCUGCGGCAGACAGCAGAGAGGCUGAGCCUCCUUUCGCAGAUGGACACCGACUUCCUAAGAGCUCCCAGAAGGCUUAGGGGCAGACACAAUCACACACAAUGUAACCAGUAAGCAGCACUGCACAGCGAACUUCAUCAGGGAAGCCCUGUUUCUUUGAGUUUCAUUGAGCCGUCAGGACAGGUCCGUUUUUUUUAUUUGAUUUUUUAUUUUUUCAAAUUAACUUUUAAGUUUGCGUUUCAUGCAUCUGCACUGUUCGACACCUGUGGUAAGCACUAAAUGUUUACUACACAAUGUGGAACCAAGCUUGAUUUACACAGCAUUACAGUCAAACUUGAACAUUUUUACUUUCUCUUAAACAGAUUAUUUGACAUAGUACAGGUGUAUAAUAGACCAAAAGACCAAAAUUAUAAUAAGACUGGAAUAUUGUAGUUACGUCUUGCCGGCAGUUAAUUUGUUUUUAACACAGAAAGACACUAUUAGUAGCUCUUAACAGUCUUUAUGUAAUAGAGAUUUAGGUUGCAUUUAAUAGCCAAGUUUUUGUCUUGUUUGUAGCUCGUUUAAAUUUUCGGGAAUUGUGUAAAUUCCAACGGUAUGAAUCUUGUUUCAAGAGACUUUGAAGAGAAGUGUUUGAAUGCUUGUGACUGGGCUUACCUUGCAUUGAAGUGUGAGACUGAAGUAUGUCCUUUGUUCAAAAAAAACUUUACAGAUUCCUAGUAAACACUGUCCAAUGAAAACCAGCCUAAUGUUAGUUUCUGCUUGAAAAGUGCACUGUACAGCAGGUACUUAACGCAAAGGUUCUGAGUAACUAUACAUAUAGGCAUAUCUUUUAAGUUUAGUCAUAUGAUGCUGAAAUGUUUAUUUUAAUAAAAGUAUAAUUUGGAACAUGCUA